GAAUAAGCUGAUAAAUUCAUUUCAAAAUUACAAAGCCACAAAGCGAGCUUGAGAGUUUGCUGCGGAGGUUUAGCUUCUUAGUGUUGAAAAUAUUGAAGCGAAGAUAAGGUACGAUGGAAGUGAGUUUAUUUACGGCUGUCUUCAUUGGUUCCAUAACUUUGCUAGUUUAUCGCUAUAUUUCGAAAAAGUACGAAUACUUCCUCACGAAACCGAUUCCGUGCGUUAUGCCUACCUUCAUACUUGGGAGUAGCGGUCCGUUGAUGUUGCGCACUGCUACUCUCAAGUCUCACAUUGAUGUGCUGUACAACGCCUAUCCAGAGAGCAAGAUCAUAGGGUUAUAUGAAUUGACUAAACCUGUAUAUAUGCUACGCGAUGCGAGCUCAAUUAAGAAGAUUGCGGUUAAAGAUUUUGACUUCUUUACGGAUCAUCCUCCGGCGUUCAACGCGACGUCAGACAAGGAGGGGGACCUGUUCGGGAAUUCGUUAUUUGCGUUGCGUGGUCAGAAAUGGAGGAAUAUGCGAUCGACGUUAAGCCCAGCGUUCACCGGAAGUAAGAUGCGGUACAUGUUUGAUUUGGUGGCAGACUGUGGCCGUUCUAUGGUUGAUUUUCUCACUUCGGAAGCAAAAGCAGGAAACGCUUUAGAAUACGAAAUGAAGGACAUUUUUUCGCGAUUUGGGAACGAUGUUAUAGCCACAAUUGCUUUUGGGAUCAAGGUUGACUCGUUGAAGAAUCGUGACAAUGAUUUCUAUUUAAAGGGCAAACAGUUACUUGAUUUUCAAUCUUUUAAGUUUUUCGUUAAGAUUAUGUUACUAGAAUUGAUGCCUGGAAUGAUGGGAAAGUUGGGAGUUGAGUUUUUAGACACCGAUCUCACGAACUAUUUUAAAGGCAUGGUUGCUGAUAAUAUGAAACAGAGAGAAAUACAUGGUAUCGUGCGAAAGGACAUGAUUCACAUGCUUAUGGAAGUUCGAAAGGGUGCUUUGAAGCAUCUAGAAGACGAAGAUGAACAGAAAGAUGCGGGAUUUGCUACUGUUGAAGAAUCUAGCGUUGGGAAAACAACACAUUCUCAAAUAUGGACCGAAAACGAGUUGAUAUCACAGUGUUUUCUCUUCUUCCUAGCCGGCUUUGAUACCAUUUCAACAGCAAUGACAUUUUUGACCUACGAACUUACAAUCAAUCCGGAUGUUCAAAAUCGGCUCUUUGAGGAAAUUGUGAAAACCAAUAAAUCCCUGAACGGCGCCUCAUUGAGCUACGAAGUACUUCAAAAAAUGGAAUACAUGGAUAUGGUCGUGUCGGAAGCCUUUCGAAAGUGGCCACCGGGUGUUGUGACUGAUCGGCUUUGCAUCAAAGAUUAUGUCUACGAUGACGGGGCUGGAACUCGUUUCGUCAUUGAGAAAGGUAGAACAGUGUGGAUUCCUACGAUUGCCAUCCACAAUGAUCCGAAGUACUACCCGAAUCCAGAAAAGUUUGAUCCGGAACGCUUCAACGCAGAUAAUCGAUCGAAGAUUAACGCAGGUAUUUAUUUACCGUUUGGAGUGGGCCCUAGAAAUUGUAUUGGUUCACGGCUAGCACUAAUGGAGGUCAAGUUAGUGCUUUAUUAUUUGCUGCAAGAUUUCUGUCUGGAGCCCACUGCGAAAACUCAGAUACCAUUACAGCUGUCCAAAAGUUUGUUUGGUCUCGUUGCAGAAAAAGGCGUAUGGAUAGAUAUUAGACCCAGAGAGAAAUAAAUUUAGUAUUGAAGUUUGUUUUUAUGCUUGACCACUACUCCAAAUCAUAGAUUAGAACUACAUUAGAUGUCCCUACAAGUUGAUUUAAGGGAAGGGGGUGGUGGGGUAGAAUCUAAAUGAUGAAAGAAAACAACAUUUUUGUGAUUUUUGGUUUUCAGAACUAUCGUUCAACAAAAUAAACUCAAACGUUUUGCAUAAUACAAACCAUCAUUCGAACAA